UGAAAGAAGACACUCCGGCCGUUAGGCUGUGAGUAAGCCCCGCCUUACUCCGCGGGGACUCCAUAACAGCACCUCGAUCCGAUCGCAAAACCUUAAAAAUAAUUUUCUCUCUCUCUCUCUCUCUCUCUCUCUCUCUCUCUGUUUCUCUCUGUGUGUGUCUCUCUCUUUGUUUCUGUUUCUGUCUCUCUUGGUUCGACUUAACGAAGCUCAGAGCUUCCGACGAUCAUGGAGGAAAAAAUCGAGGACGUCGACGGGGAACCCGUAGUAACUCUAAGCACGGGACGUCCGCACCGUAAAACGAAUUCCUACACUCAGUUCGGUAACUUCGGUUUCUCAGGAGGCACGAAGCGCAAUACAGUGAGGAAGCACAGCCUCGACGAGGAACGAAUUGGUAAGAAUUUCGAUCGGUAUUUAGAGUUGCCCGACGAUGAAUACAAUCUCUCCGGUGCUGGUGGCGGCAUUGGUGGUUUUGGUAGUGUAAGCGAGCGUGAGUAUAUGAGCCAAUUCAAGGAACAAAAUCCUGCGGACGGUUCAGACGAGCAGCGGCGGCCGUUGCCAGAGUUUAUAGGUAGCGGUGGUGGGACUGGGAUCUUUAAGGUGCCGGUGAGGGCGGCGGUGCAUCCUGGUCGUCCGCCGAGCUUGGAAUUGAGGCCUCAUCCGUUGAGGGAGACGCAGGUGGGGUCGUUCUUGAGGACCAUUACGUGUACUGAGACUCAAUUGUGGGCAGGACAGGAAUGUGGUGUUAGGUGUUGGAAUUUCUCGGAUGUAUUUGUGCCCGGGUGUGGAUUUGGAAAGGUUCGGAGAGGGGAUGAGGACGCGGCACCGUUCCAGGAAUCGGCGCAGACUCCUCCGACAAUUUGUAUUGUUGUGGAUAAGGGGAAUAGGUUGAUUUGGACGGGGCACAAGGACGGGAGGAUUAGAUCGUGGAAGAUGGAUCAGUCUUUAGAUGGAACUUCUUUCAAGGAAGGCCUCUCAUGGCUCGCUCAUCGUGGGCCUGUUCUAUCCAUGGUUAUCUCUGCUUACGGUGACUUAUGGUCCGGUUCUGAGGGUGGUUCUGUUAAGAUUUGGCCUUGGGAAUCAAUAGAAAAAUCCCUUUCUCUAACAGCAGAGGAACGACGCAUGGCUGCAUUAUUAGUAGAGAGGUCAUGUGUUGACCUGAGGAGCCAAGUCACCAUUAAUGGUGUCUGCUCCAUAUCUGCUUCAGAUGUCAAAUUUCUUUUAUCUGAUAAUUCAAGGGGAAAAGUGUGGAGUGCUGGUUCCCAGUCAUUUGCAUUGUGGGAUGCUCGUACAAGGGAACUUUUGAAAGUUUUUAAUGUAGAUGGCCAGAUUGAAAAUCGUGGUGACAUGUCAUCAAUGCAGGAUUCAUCUGUAGAAGAUGAGGUGAAGACGAAAUCAGCUUCCACAUCAAAAAAGGAGAAACCACAAGGCUUCUUACAACGCUCACGAAAUGCUAUCAUGGGAGCAGCUGAUGCUGUCCGCCGAGUAGCAGUUAAAGGGGGGGCUUUAGGGGGAGCAUUUUUAGAUGAUAAUCGGAGAACUGAAGCAGCACUCCUAACCAUGGAUGGAAUGAUCUGGACUGGAUGUGCAAGUGGGUUACUUGUGCAGUGGGAUGGAAAUGGAAGUAGGAUACAAGAUUUCCAUCACCAUUCUUCUCCUGUCCAAUCCAUUUGCACUUAUGGGGCACGAAUAUGGGUAGGCUAUGUAAGUGGCACUAUACAGGUUCUAGAUCUUGAGGGUAACCUGCUUGGAGGAUGGGUUGCUCACAAUGGUCCUGUUAUAAAAAUUGCUAUUGGAGCAGGUUAUAUUUUCACAUUGGCUAGUCAUGGUGGAAUCCGUGGUUGGAGCCUUGCAUCGCCAGGUCCUCUUGAUAACAUAUUGCGAUCAGAACUGACCAGCAAAGAACAUCUUUAUAUGAAGCUAGAAAAUCUGAAAAUAUUGACAGGCACUUGGAAUGUUGGACAAGGAAGAGCCUCUAAUGACUCCCUUGUCUCUUGGCUGGGUUCUGUUGCAUCAGAUGUUGGGGUUAUUGUUGUUGGGUUGCAAGAAGUGGAAAUGGGUGCUGGUUUUCUUGCGAUGUCUGCAGCAAAAGAAACUGUGGGACUUGAAGGGAGCUCCAUUGGGCAAUGGUGGCUUGAUACCAUAGGUAAAACCUUAGAUGAUUUUGAACGUCUGGGUUCUAGGCAGCUGGCUGCAUUGCUAAUAGCUGUUUGGGUUAGGAAAAGUCUUAAGUCAUAUAUCGGGGAUGUUGAUGCUGCAGCAGUACCUUGUGGAUUUGGGCGUGCCAUUGGCAAUAAGGGAGCUGUAGGUUUGCGACUGAGAGUAUAUGACCGGCUGAUUUGCUUUGCCUGUUGUCAUUUUGCUGCACACCUUGAAGCAGUCAACCGCCGAAAUGCUGACUUUGAUCAUAUCUAUCGAACAAUGGUCUUUAGCCGGUCAUCUAACCUGUUUAAUGCUGCUGCUGGUAUGCUGCCAUACCUGUUUUUGUAUUGCUCUCUUGCCUGCUUCGCAUAUUUAUGUUGGCUACUUUAUUCUUCUGGCUUGCCAUUGGUCCUCUCUGUUGCAGCUGGUGUCUCAUCUGCUGUUCAGUUGCUUCGUGGUACAAAUGCAGCUGGUGUCCAUACUGAAGAUGCAAAACCAGAGUUACCUGAUGCAGAUAUGGUUGUAUUUUUUGGUGAUUUCAACUACCGGCUUCAUAGCAUUUCUUAUGAUGAGGCAAGGGACCAUGUUUCACAAAGAUGCUUUGAUUGGCUUAGAGAAAGGGAUCAGCUUAGGAAAGAAAUGAAAGCUGGGAAAGUUUUCCAAGGGAUGCGUGAAGCGCUGAUAACAUUUCCUCCCACAUAUAAGUUUGAAAAGCACAAACCAGGUUUAGCAGGAUAUGAUUCUGGUGAGAAGAAGCGCAUCCCUGCCUGGUGUGAUAGGGUAUUAUACCGUGAUAAUCGAUCGACUACAGCAUCUGAGUGCAAUUUACAGUGUCCUGUAGUUGCUUCUAUUAUACAGUAUGAAGCUUGCAUGGAUGUCACAGACAGUGAUCACAAGCCAGUUCGUUGCAUAUUUAAUAUUGAUAUUGCCCGUAUGGAUGAGUCAAUAAAGAGACAAGAGUUCGGAGAUAUCAUCAAAUCUAAUGAGAAAAUCAGGGCCUUGAUUGAAGAAUUAUGUGUUGCUCCUGAGACUAUUGUUAGCACAGACAACAUAAUCCUUCAAAACCAGGACACAUCCCUUCUAAAAAUCACCAACAAAUGUGCAGAUGACAAAGCUUUGUUUGAAAUUAUUUGUGAAGGCCAGUCAACUGCGGAGGAUGGUAAAGCUGUUGAAUAUCGUGCAAGAGGUUCCCAUGGCUUUCCCCGCUGGCUUGAGGUCACUCCAGCAGUUGGUGUUAUCAAACCUGGCCAAACUGUUGAGGUUAUUGUGCGUCAUCAGGAUUUUCAUGCCGAAGAUCUUGCUGAUGGCAGCAGCAACCAACAGAACUGGUCGUGUGAAGAUAACAAGGACAAGGAAGUAAUACUGGUUAUAAAUGUCCAAGGCAGUUGCAGCACUGAGACAAGAAACCACCGAGUUUCUGUUCGUCUUUGCCCUUCAGCCAAAACCUUACGCACUAGCAGUUCUAAGAAAAACCAAAUCAACUUCAACCGAUCUGAUUCCCAAAACCGCAGUGUUUCCUCGGAUGUAGUUGAUGACGCACGCAAUUUACAAACUCCAUGAAAUGGCAGAAUAUUCUUUGGGAAGGAAAUUAAUCCAUCUAUCUGCCUAAUGAUUGAGGCAAGCAUCCAUCUGAUGCCAGAGACAUUCUCUUCAGACUGCAUGGUAGAUGCAUCUUGAUGUAAAUAGCACUGAAGCUUAUUUGCCAUUUUUAUGCAUUAUGGGACAGGUGCUAUUGUUUGUUAGAAUUUUUAUCCAUUAUUCUGGUACAAAUUGUUAUCCAUCAUUGGCUAUGGCCCUUA